CAUGGAUGGGAAAACUAAUCUAAUGCAAUCUUUGGUAGAAGAUUUACUCUCAAUGAUUGAUAAGUCUAAUGUGUUGGCCAAAACAUUUCGGAUGGCUCGAGACUUCAUUGGUGAGAAUCCAAGUUGUAAUAUUUCUUUGAGGUUGUUUCGUCACAGGCCAAAAGAUCCUAGGGUUUAUAAUUUGCCAACAGUGGAUGAGGUUGCUGCUCUUAGUGUGGGAGAUUUUGAUACAACUGAUUGUGGUCGUGAUAUUGUGAUUAAGGGAACUGAUGGAAAUUUGCAGCGGAUUCAUGAGACACACACAUCUUUCUUACCAUUACAAUAUCCGUUGAUAUUUCCUUAUGGAGAAGAUGGCUAUAAAGAAGAUAUCAUGUUUCGUGAGGAUGGAGAUAGGCGCAUUUUUAAAAAAAGAGUUCGUGUAUCAUUGCGUGAGUUUGUUGCCUUUAGGAUCCAUGAGCGAGUUCAUGAGGGAACUACUAUUCUUCAUUCUAGAAGAUUGUUUCAGCAAUUUAUUGUAGAUUGCUACUCUAUGGUUGAGGCACAAAGGCUAUCAUAUGUCAAAGGUAAUCAAAAGACAAUUCGUAGAGAUUUCUUGGCCGGAUUAGAAGAAGCAGUUGAUAAGGGUGAUCUUGAUCCAUCACAUAUUGGUACAAGAAUUGUUUUACCAUCAUCAUUUACAGGUGGAAGAAGGUAUAUGUUUAACAAUUGUCAGGAUGCAAUGGCUAUAUGCAAAUUCUAUGGUUAUCCAGAUCUGUUCAUAACUGUUACAUGCAAUCCCAAAUGGCCUGAAAUACAACGAUAUGUAUCUCAAAAAGGAUUGAAUGCAUAUGAUCGGCCUGAUAUAACAUGUAGAGUUUUUCAUGCUAAGCUUCAACGGUUAAUGGUUGGCUUGAAGAAAGGAGAAUAUUUUGGAAAAGUUAGUGCUGGUAUGUAUACCAUAGAGUUUCAGAAGAGGGGAUUACCUCAUGCACAUAUAUUGCUUUGGUUAGCUCCAAGCUCGAAGUUGAAUAGACCUGAAUUGAUAGAUUCUUUUAUUUCUGCUGAGCUACCUGAUCCUAUUGCAUGUCCGAAGCUAUUUGAUGUUGUUUCAACAUAUAUGGUUCAUGGGCCGUGCGGUGGUGGUCGAAAAAAUUCUCCAUGUAUGGUAAAUGGUCGUUGUUCCAAAUUUUUUCCAAAGAAAUAUGUUGAGAAGACUUCAUUUGAUAUCGAUGGGUAUCCCAUUUAUCGAAGAAGGAACACUGGUGUUUCUGUUGAGAGACGAGGCGUUCAAUUGGACAAUGGCUAUGUGGUGCCUUAUAAUGCAAAAUUAUUGAUGAAAUAUCAAGCACACAUUAACAUUGAGUAUUGCAACAAGUCCAAUUGCAUCAAAUACUUAUUCAAGUAUAUCAACAAGGGUGUUGAUCGAGUAACUGUCUCCAUGACAAAUAAAGCUGAUCUAGGUGAAAAAGAGGUAAACAUUGAUGAGAUUCAGCAAUAUUAUGAUUGUCGUUAUUUGUCACCGUGUGAAUCUGCUUGGAGGUCAUUAUCUUUUGAGAUUCAUCACCAUUGGCCUCCUGUAGAAAGAUUAUCAUUCCAUUUGCCAAAACAACAAGUUGUUUUGUUUAGUGAUAAAGAACCUCUUGAUUCAGUUGUGAGGCGAAAGAAAAAAGAAGAAACAAUGUUUACUGCUUGGAUGACUGCCAAUAACAAAUUUCCACAAGGCAGACACUUGACUUAUGCUCAAUACCCUCAAUUUUUUGUGUAUGAUCGUAGGCAUAAGGAGUGGAGACCAAGAAAAAGAGGUUUCUCUAUUGGGAGGAUGAACUUUAUACCAAUUGGUUGUGGUGAGGUGUAUUAUCUACGAUUACUAUUGAAUUUACAGGUUGGAUGUACAAAUUACAAUGAUUUGCGAACUGUAGAUGGCAUUGUGUAUCUAUCAUUUCAAGAAGCAUGCUCAGCAUUGCAAUUACUAGAAAAUGACAAAGAAUUCAUUGAUGGUAUAAUUGAUUGUUCGGAAUUGUCAUCCGGAAGAUCAGGAAGGUACCUUUUUGUAGCAUUACUAUUGUCAAAUUCAAUUGUAAAUCCUAGACAAGUAUUUGAGGAGACAUGGCGACUUUUAGCUGAUGGAAUUUUAUAUCAAAGGAGAAAAGUUCUAUGCAAUCCAGAUUUGCGAAUGGAUGAUGCUAUCUUAAGAACUUUAUGUUUAGUAGAAUUGGAAAAAUUGUUAGUGAGCAACGGAAAAAGCUUGAAGGAUAUUCCUACAAUGCCGUUUCCAAUUUCAAAUGAAGUUCCACAUUAUGAUAAUAUUCUACUAUAUAAUGAGUUGAGAUAUGAUGUGGGUGAUAUGGUUAAGAAGCAUGAUGACCAUGUUUCUAGGUUGAAUAAGGAGCAAAGAAUUGUAUAUGAAAAGGUUGUUGAUGCAGUGAAUGAAUCAUCUGGCGGAUUUUUCUUUGUGUAUGGAUCAGGGGGUACUGGGAAGACAUUUUUGUGGAAAACUUUGUCAUAUAAAUUUCGUGGAGAGCGGAAAGUUGUUUUGAAUGUUGCGUCAAGUGGUAUAGCAUCUCUAUUACUUCCUGGGGGUCGAACUGCCCAUUCUUUAUUUGGUAUUCCACUUGUGUUAAAUGAGGAUACCAUUUGCAAUAUCAAACAAGGGAGUAAUAAAGCAGAACUUUUGAAACACACAAGUCUUAUUAUUUGGGAUGAGGCGCCAAUGGUAAACAGAUGGGCAUUUGAGGGAUUGGAUAGAACUUUGCGUGAUAUCAUGUUAGUGAGUAAUCCUGGGUGUAUUGACAAACCUUUUGGUGGAAAAGUUAUUAUUCUUGGUGGUGAUUUCAGACAAACUUUACCAAUAAUUCCUAAAGCAAGUCGUGAAGAAAUUGUUAUGGCAACAAUAAACUCUUCAAGAUUAUGGAAGUUUUGCAAAGUUUUGAGGUUAGUAGAAAACAUGCGAGUGAAUAAUGCAGAUUCUAAAGAUGAUAUAGAACGCCGAACAAGUUUUAGUAAGUGGAUACUUGAUGUUGGAGAUGGUAAUUUGGGUGAUUACAAUGAUGGUGAAUGUGAUAUUCAAAUUCCUAAGGAUUUGUUGGUGGAAUCUAGAGGGGAUGGUGUUUCAAGUAUAGUUCAUUCAACAUAUCCAGAUCUUGAGUCAAAUUUUUUUCAAGAAAAUUACUUUCUUGAUAAGGCCAUUCUUGCUCCAACUUUGGAUAUUGUAGAUACUAUUAACCAAUAUGUGCUAUCCCGAUCACCUGGUAAAGAGAAAGUAUAUCUUAGUUCAGAUAGUGUUGUCAAAGUUGAUGAAGAUUUAGGUAUUGAAGCAAAUUGGAUUACAAUUGAGUUCUUAAAUAGUAUCAAAGGUUCUGGCCUCCCUGAUCACAAGUUGUGUCUUAAAGUUGGAGUUCCUAUAAUGUUAAUGAGGAACAUUGAUGUGGCUCGUGGUUUGUGCAAUGGAACUAGACUUAUUGUUGACAAACUGCGUCCUAAUUUAAUCUAUGGAAAAGUUAUGAAUGGAACUAAUGCUGGGGAGAUGGCUUAUAUUCCUCGAAUGAGUAUUACCCCUUCUGAUAGUGGCUUACAUGUAAAGAUUCAACGACGGCAAUUUCCUGUUUGUGUUUGUUUUGCAAUGACAAUAAACAAGAGUCAAGGACAAACUUUGGGUAGAGUUGGUGUUUUUCUACCAAGACCUGUUUUCUCACAUGGUCAACUCUAUGUUGUUGUCUCCCGUGUGAAAUGCAGAGAGGGAUUGAAGAUUUAUGUUGAAGGAACGGAUUCUUUGUUGGUAAAUGAAACAAAGAAUGUUGUUUACAAAGAAGUGUUUAAAAAUUUAGGAUAAAUAGUUGAAAUAAAACCAAGUUAUGUAAGUGGAUAUUGGGUUUUGAAUACAUUAACCAGUGGGAUUGAAUGA